GAGGACACGGCGGCGGAGCGGACAGGGAGGCGCACACUGACACUCACGAGGGGGAUGAUUAAAAAUGGCGCGACCUCGCUGAUGGUGCGCCUCCUCCACCUGCCCCGCGCCGCACCCGCCCCCACCUACCGCCGCCGCCACCACCACCUCGCGCUCCUCCUCACUCCCUCGCGGCUGCGAGCGUCCGCGCCGGCACCGCCCGCCUCCACCGCCGCCAUGUCGACAGCGGCGGAGCAGGCCGCGGUCGCCGACCGGAAGCGCGCGCUGCGGUCCGAGGUGCGCAGGGCGCUCAGGGCCCUAUCCCCCGAGCAGCGCGCCAGCGAAGACCAGGCUAUUCAAAACGCAAUUUUGAAAUCUUCUUGGUUCAAAGAAUGUAAACGGUUAUGUGCUUAUAUAAGCUGUCCACAAUUGCGAGAAGUUGAUACGUCAAAAAUGCUGGCAGAAGUAUUAUCUCCAAAUUCUGAACAUGAUGGACAUGCAAAGGACCUUUAUGUUCCUCGAGUAGAAGAUAAGAAUCGCAAUAUGCGGAUGCUCAAAAUUACUACCAUGGAUGAUUUAGUAAAAAAUUCAAUGAAUAUUCUAGAACCAUCACCCCUGGAUGCUAGUGGGAAUACUCGUGAAGAAGUGUUAUCAGCCUCUUCCCCUGUUGAUCUUUUUCUCUUGCCUGGGCAAGCUUUUGAUAGAACUGGCCGAAGAUUAGGGCGUGGUGGAGGGUACUAUGACACAUUUCUGAUGAAAUAUCAAGAGCUUGCUGAAGAGAAUGGGUGGGAUCAGCCUCUUCUAGUCGCACUUUCAUACUCGGUGCAAAUUAUGGAGGAAGACAUCAUCCCUGUGAACUCAACAGAUGUUCCUAUCGAUGCUCUGGUCUCAUCCUCUGGCAUUAUUCCAAUCAGUCCUGCAGCAUUGGCGAGAAUGUAAUGAAGCUGCUUGGUUUCUGCUUUCCAUUGACAGUGAACACCUCUCCACUAAACAACUCUUGCAUGACUGAUAGAUACUUCACCAAAGCUGGGAAUUUUUCGAUCAAGUGAUUUUGUCAGACAAUGCAUAUGUAUUCUGAAUAUGAGCUAACUUCGUCGUUCAUAUUGUAAUGACAACUUUGAUCAAACAUACAAUAAGUUCAAUAUAUAUUCAUGGAGUAUGACCUGAAAAUGUGUCGUCCUUAAGAGGCUGGAAUGAUAUCCGUUAUCUAAAAGAU